ACCUCAUCUAUUAAUAAAAAUUCCUACCUUAUUAAAAUUUUGAGUUCUUUUAGUUAUUUAUUGUUGUCUAUGGAUAACUAAAAGAUGACUAAUAGCUCCAGAGAUGAAUGAAAAAUGGUUUUCUACGUACAUUAACAUGUUAUGAAAAGAUUCAAUCCACUAUAAGAAUCACCCGCACCCUGGAUAGAAGCUAAACUUUUGCUACUAGAUGCUCUCUAUGUUUAUGGUUCGAAACUCACACUUUGUCCUCCUCGCUUGCUUCUUGGUGUCUUGGUGGCCUUGCAAAGGAAUCUAUGACAACCACUUCAUGCUCCAUGCUUGUCACCCAUGCUUUGUGGUUCAAUACUAAUAUAACUUUGUUCCUCAAUUUCUUGCUCCUUAGCCUCUUGUAAAAGAAGCCACAAUGGUACUUGAACCUAUAUGUGAAAGGGGAUUGGGAGACAAUUUUACCAUUGAGGUAACUUCUAGAACUGAUAUUAUUUCGAAUAUAUGUAAUAUAAAGACCAUAAAAUUAGAGUAGCUCGAGCUCCUUUAAAUCUAUGCCAAAUCCACCCGUGCUUAAACCAUGACAACGAACCUAAUCAAACACAGGAUGGAAAAAAGCUACAAGGAAGAUGCAAAAGAAAAACCGAACAAUAAACCCACGACGUAAAUAACAGUCAAAUUCACUCACAAAUCAUUUUAAAAUAUUUUUUAAACUAAAAUAUAUAUAUUUAAAGAAUUUAAAUAAGAACUAAAAAUACAUAAUUUGAACAAAGAAUCUAUUGAUUCUUUAUCUAUCCAUAGUUAAGUUUAUUGACCAUCUUUUGAAUAUAAAAAGCAGCAGGCAUAUAGAGGACCUCAAAGAGGACCAAAAUGACAUUUUGAAAAGAAAAAAAAUUAUUGAGUAAAAUAUAAAGAAGGAAAAAAGUAAAGCAUUAGAAGAAAUUAUGUGGGAAGAAGAUAGAAAGAAGAGAGAGAGAGAGAGAGAUUAUCUCAACAUAUCUUCAUUUUAGUUCACUCUUGUGGACUCUGUCCAGAACUUCUGCUCUGGGAAGCCUCUUCGUCUAUCUAAUAACUCUUUCGUUCCCUUCCUUUUUCAUCUGAUCUCCUCGGAACAACACCGGGAAAAAGGCAACGGGUACGGCUUUGCUGGCGACUCAAAACAAGAAUCAAAGAACAUUUCAUUUUCCUCUUCUCUGUUUCGCUUUUAUUAUCAGCGAGCAUCAAUGAAUAUGGAGCAGUAUCUUCUGAAAGACUUCGAAGUCGAGCCAAAACAUCCUUCAGAGCAAGCCUUGAGGAGAUGGCGAUCUGCCGUCUCAAUCGUCAGAAAUCGGCGACGGAGGUUCCGAAACAUUGCAGAUCUCGACAAACGCUCCGAGGCUGAGAAGAAGAAACUCAAAAUCCAGGAAACAAUUCGAGUUGCUCUUUAUGUUCACAAGGCAGCAUUACAAUUUAUCGAUGCCGUGAAUCGGGAUGAGUACCAUCUGUCAGAUGAGGCUAGGAAUGCUGGCUUUAGUAUUCAUCCAGAUGAGCUUGCAUCCAUUGUUCGUAGCCAUGAUUACAAGGCAUUGAAAUUUUAUGGAGGUGUGGAAGGACUUUCAAGGAAAGUUUCUGUCUCACUAGAUGCUGGUGUCAGUGAAAAGGAUACGUCCAAGAGACAAGAGAUUUAUGGUUAUAAUCGUUACACAGAGAAACCUUCCAGACCCUUUUGGGUGUUUGUAUGGGAAGCAUUACACGACGUGACAUUAAUCAUCCUAAUAUUUUGUGCACUAAUUUCUUUAGGCGUUGGAAUUGCCACAGAAGGAUGGCCGAAGGGAACAUAUGAUGGUUUAGGAAUUCUACUCAGUAUACUAUUGGUCGUCUUGGUUACUUCUAUUAGUGAUUACAAGCAGUCUUUGCAAUUCAAGGAUCUUGACAAGGAAAAGAAAAAAAUUUAUGUUGAUGUCACUAGGGAGGGGCUGAGGAAAAAAGUUUUGAUCUACGACUUGGUUGUUGGAGACAUUGUUCAUCUAUCCAUUGGAGAUCAGGUUCCCGCUGAUGGGGUUUUCAUAUCAGGAUAUAGUCUACUAAUUGAUGAAUCCAGCUUAUCAGGUGAGAGUGAACCAGUGAACAAAGAUGAGGAGAAACCAUUUCUUCUAUCAGGAACCAAAGUGCAAGAUGGAUCUGGAAAGAUGAUGGUAACAACAGUUGGUAUGAAAACUGAAUGGGGAAAGUUGAUGGAAACUCUCAGUGAGGGAGGAGAAGAUGAGACUCCAUUGCAGGUGAAGCUGAAUGGUGUUGCAACUCUUAUUGGUAAAAUUGGAUUGACUUUUGCUGUAUUGACAUUCCUGGUGAUGACAGGAAGGUUUCUUGGGGAGAAAGCUGCUCACCAUCAAUUUACAAAGUGGACUUCAAGUGAUGCACUGAAACUCUUAGAUUUCUUUGCUGUUGCAGUUACCAUAAUAGUUGUUGCAGUUCCUGAAGGUUUACCACUGGCAGUGACAUUAAGCCUCGCCUUUGCUAUGAAGAAACUGAUGGAUGAAAGAGCACUAGUUAGGCAUCUGUCUGCAUGUGAAACAAUGGGUUCAGCCACUUGCAUUUGCACAGAUAAGACCGGGACAUUAACCACAAACCAUAUGAUAGUUAGCCGUGCAUGGGUAUGUGAAAAUUUUAUGGAGAAUAAAGACCAUGGAAGUGUAGACAAAUUGAAAUCAGAGAUCUCUGAAGACGUUUUAGGCAUAUUAUUGCAGUCCAUAUUUCAAAAUACUAGCUGCGAAGUGACUAAAGAUAAGGAUGGAAAGAACUCAAUUGUUGGUGGAACACCAACAGAAUCAGCACUACUAGAGUUUGGCAUCCAUUUGGGUGGAGAUUUUCGUGCCCAACGUACAGAAUAUAAGAUACUUAAAGUAGAGCCUUUCAAUUCUGUUAGGAAGAAGAUGUCUGUACUUGUAGCGCUUCCUAAUGGUGGGGUCAGAGCUUUUGUCAAAGGUGCAUCUGAAAUAAUACUAAGUAUGUGUGACACGUAUAUAGAUUCCAAUGGAGAAUCUAUUGAUUUAAAAGAAGAGAAGGUAAAUAAUGCUACAAAUGUUAUCAAUAGUUUUGCCAAUGAAGCUUUGAGGACGCUUUGCUUGGCCUUCAAAGAUAUAGGGGACUCUAGCGGCAAAACUAUUCCAGAUGAUGGAUAUACAUUAAUUGCAAUUGUUGGGAUCAAGGAUCCCGUACGCCCAGGCGUCAAGGAAGCCGUUAAAACUUGCUUAGCUGCUGGAAUAACUGUGCGUAUGGUCACUGGUGACAAUAUUAAUACGGCGAAGGCUAUUGCUAAAGAAUGUGGUAUACUAACAAAUGAUGGUUUAGCUAUAGAAGGACCAGACUUCCGUAAUUUAUCUCCAGAACAGAUGAAGCAAAUUAUACCAAAAGUCCAGGUGAUGGCUCGAUCCUUGCCACUGGACAAAUACACGUUGGUUAACAAUUUGCGGAGUAUGGGCGAGGUCGUUGCAGUGACUGGAGAUGGGACAAAUGAUGCUCCAGCAUUGCAUGAGUCAGAUAUUGGACUAGCUAUGGGAAUUGCUGGGACUGAGGUGGCCAAAGAAAAUGCUGAUGUCAUCAUAAUGGAUGACAAUUUUUCAACAAUUGUAAAUGUUGCGAGAUGGGGGCGUGCGGUGUACAUUAACAUACAAAAAUUUGUGCAGUUUCAGCUAACCGUUAACAUUGUUGCUCUGGUGAUCAAUUUUGUUUCUGCUUGCCUCUCAGGAUCUGCUCCUCUUACGGCUGUACAGUUGCUUUGGGUGAACUUGAUUAUGGACACUCUUGGUGCUUUGGCUCUGGCCACAGAGCCUCCAAACGAUGGACUUAUGCAGAGACCUCCAAUUCCCAAGGGGGUUAACUUUAUUACCAAAGCCAUGUGGAGGAACAUUAUUGGUCAGAGUAUAUAUCAACUUGCUGUUCUUGCUGUUCUUAAUUUUGGGGGAAAGCAACUUCUUGGACUUGAUGGAUCUGAUUCCACCAUAGUUCUAAACACUUUGAUUUUCAACUCAUUUGUGUUCUGCCAGGUUUUCAACGAAAUUAACAGCCGUGAGAUAGAAAAGAUCAACAUAUUCCGAGGGAUGUUCAGCAGCUGGAUAUUUAUGGGAGUAAUGGUAGCCACAGUGGGGUUUCAAAUAAUAAUUAUAGAAUUUUUGGGAGCUUUUGCAAGCACUGUACCACUGAGCCGGGAACUGUGGGGACUGAGUGUGUUGAUUGGAUUUGUGAGCAUGCCAGUUGCAAUUGUGUUGAAGCUCAUCCCUGUUCGUAAAGAAGAAGCAUUCACGGCCCAGCAUGAUGGCUAUGAACCACUCCCUUCUGGCCCAGAGUUGGCUUGACCUUCAGAGCUCUAAAACCACCAAGCAAGACAUCUGAAUUUCUAUUGGGAAUCAUAAAGAAUGGACUUUGUUAAGCUUGAGGUGUGAGUGUGAUCACAAAUUUUUGUCUCAUUAACAAAGAAUGUUAUUAAUUAUUACCACUUCUCUUUCUUAACAAUUGAAAAAUAAAACAAAAUGUUUCUUUUUUCC